AUGCUAGGAAAUUGUGGGAUGCUUGAUUUUCCAUAUAAAGGAAAUUCUUUCUCGUGGGUGGGAAGAAGACAAACAGGAAAAGUAAAGUGUAAACUCGAUAGAGCAGUGGCGAAUGAAGAAUGGCAUGCCAUAUUUAACCACUCUGUUGUAGAAUUCCUACAAUUAUGGGGAUCAGAUCAUAGACCGGUACUAGCAAGGAUACAAUCUACUGUCAGGAGGACCAAAAAGAAUUUUAGAUUCGAUAAGAGAUGGAUUGGUAAACCGGGAUUUAAAGAAGCGGUACUAUCGGGAUGGGGACAUUUUGAUGAAGCUCCUAUGAGGAAUUUUCAUCAAAAAGUUACCUCAUGUCGAAAUAAAAUUAGUUCUUGGAAAAAACAAAACCCGACAAAUUCAGCUAUCUUAAUUAAAGAACUGAAACACAAAAUCGACCUGGUACAAGACGAUGAAAACUCCACAACCGCAGAUCUGGAGGAACUGAGAAGACAGUUAACCGUUGCUUUUAAAGAAGAAAAUUCUUUUUGGGAACAAAAAAGCAGAAAUCAGUGGCACCGACACGGGGACAGAAACACAAAGUUCCAUCAUGCGAUUACAAACCAGAGAAGAGCCCAAAACCGGAUCAUCAGCAUAAAAGAUAAACAUGGGAAGCUGGUUGAGAGUGAAAUUGAAGUAGAGAACGUGGCUGUUCAAUACUUUCGAGAUCUCUUCUCUUCCUCCAUACCGACAGAGCUAGAUGCCUCUCUUCGUUUUAUCUCUGGCAAAGUGUCUCAGUCCGACAAUAGAUUGCUUUUAGAAGAACCGUCGGAACAGGAGAUUAAAAAGGCAGUUUUUGAUAUUAACCCGAAUAAAGCCCCCGGUCCGGAUGGCAUGACUAGCAAACUAUUCCAGAGAUUCUGGCGCGAGAUGGGCCAAGACAUUAUCAAACUUGUGAAGGACUUUUUCGCCACAGGCAGUUUCGACCCGCUAUUAAAUCAGACGAAUAUUUGCCUUAUCCCCAAAAAGAAGAAACCACGAGAUAUGACAGAGUUCAGACCAAUUAGCCUUUGCAAUGUUAGCUACAAGAUUAUUUCAAAGCUACUAUGCAAGAGACUUAAGAGGAUUCUUCCGCGAUUGAUCUCAGAGACACAAUCGGCGUUUGUAGCAAAACGAUUAAUCACGGAUAAUAUUCUUGUAGCACAAGAAAGCUUUCACGCACUAAGGACUAACAAAAGAUGCAGAGAAGACUUUAUGGCUAUUAAAACAGAUAUGAGCAAAGCAUAUGAUAGAGUGGAAUGGAGCUUCAUAGCGGCUUUGAUGUUAAAGAUGGGCUUUGAUGAAAGACUUGUUGACCUCAUUAUGUGUUGCGUCACAUCGGUCUCAUAUCAAGUCUUAGUCAAUGGACAACCAAGAGGAAGAAUCUUCCCAAAGAGAGGUUUGAGACAAGGAGACCCCUUGUCCCCCUUUUUGUUCAUCUUAUGCACGGAGGCAUUGAUCUCACUCCUUAAUGGAGCAGAACUAGAGAAGCAAAUUGUUGGGCUCCGCGUUGCUAGAGCAAGCCCGAGGAUAUCACAUUUGCUUUUUGCUGAUGAUAGUCUUUUCUUCUGCAAAGCCGAAUUAAGCCAAUGCAAGGAGAUCAUAGACAUCCUAGAUAUCUAUGGGAAGGCAUCGGGACAGAGAAUAAACACGUCCAAGUCUUCUAUGUUCUUUGGCAACCGGGUGGAGGCGGCUUUGAAAAAAGAUAUAAAAGAGGUUCUAGGUUUUACCUCGGAAGGUGGCAUGGGAAUGUACCUUGGGUUACCUGAGCAAAUUUGUGGCUCAAAAAUGAAAGUGUUUUCCUUUGUACAGGAUCGACUUAAUGGACGAGUUAACAAUUGGUCAUCGAGACUUCUCUCUAAAGGAGGAAAAGAAGUGCAGAUAAAAGCAGUGGCUCAAGCAUCCUCGACAUAUGUCAUGUCAAGUUAUUUGCUCCCACAAGGCAUUACCGAUAAACUCAGGAGUACUACAUCUAAUUUCUGGUGGAGUUCAAAACAAAACAGCAGAGGUUUACAUUGGAUAGCAUGGGAUGAGAUCUGUACUCCUAAAGAUUUGGGAGGAUUAGGUUUUCGAGAUUUCCAUGAUUUCAACUUAGCACUUCUUGCGAAACAAUUAUGGCGGCUGAUACAUUACCCAGAUUCUCUCUUGGCGCGGGUUCUAAAAGGGAGAUACUAUAACGACUCUUCUCCCUUUGACGACCGACGGAUAUACUCGCCUUCAUAUGGCUGGCGUAGUAUUAUGGCAGCAAAACCUUUGCUCAUAUCGGGCAUGAGAAGGACAAUUGGAACAGGUAGAGAUACGAGGGUAUGGAGUGAUCCUUGGGUCCCAGACACAGUGGCCCGACCACCAAGACCUGCCCAACACAUAGUCUACAGAUUACCCCAACUUCUUGUUCAGUCCUUUAUUAGGAAUGAUACCAAGGAAUGGGAUAUACAACUUUUACGAGAAUUUUUCCAUCCAGGAGAUAUACCGUUGAUACUUGGGAUAAAGCCCUCCCAUUUUUCUGCUAUGGAUGGGUAUGCUUGGAACCACACAAAAUCAGGAGCGUACACAGUCAAGUCGGGGUACGAUCUAUUACAAUCGACGAAAAUGGAUCUAUGCACCGAGGUCCGAGAACCGAGUACCACGAGACUUAAAAGUCAUGUAUGGAAGAUUAAGGCGCCAAGUAAGAUACUACACUUCUUAUGGCAGGCUAUAUCUGGUUGCGUGGCGACGGCAGAGAGGCUCACUUAUAGACACUUGGGCACCGAUAGGAGUUGUCCUAGAUGUGCUGGCCCAGAGGAGUCGAUCAAUCAUCUUCUGUUUGAAUGCCCCCCAGCCCUACAGGUUUGGGCCUUAUCGGACUAUCCGUCCAUUCCGGGUGACUUCCCGAGUAAAUCUAUUUACCAAAACAUGACCUUUCUGUUUUGGGAGAGAAAAGAGGUGGCUCCUUCGAGACCACAAUUCGAUACCUUCCCAUGGAUCUGUUGGUACAUUUGGAAGGCGAGGAAUGACAAACUCUUCAAUGGGAAAGUCGUCUCCCCGAUGGAUACUCUUCAACAUGCAUCCCUCGAAGCAGACUGCUGGAGGAAGGCAAAUGAAAAGGAUCAAACUGAUGAGGAUCAGGAUGACCCUCACACCCCAGCGAUAGAGACGAAUCCCGAGACACCCCGAAUUCCUACAUGCCAAAUUGAUGCAUCAUGGAUUAAUACUGGCAGUGUUAGUGGGCUAGGGUGGAGUCUUAAGGAUCAUAUCGGAAAUGAGAUGUUUGGACUACGGGCUUGUACUAGGAGCCUCUCAGCACUCCAUGCUGAGAUGGACGGUCUACUCUGGGCAAUCUCAUGUAUGCAAGAGAGGAGGUUCACAUCGAUACGGUUCGAAACAGACUGCUCGGACCUAGUUGACAUGACCACAAACCCGGAAGAAUGGCCAUCCUUCGCAACAGAGCUCGACAUGUUCCACCGACUACAGGAUAAUUUCGAGGAUGUGACCCUUAGUCAUAUUCCUAGAAGUAGAAAUGGUCGUGCGGAUACUUUGGCAAAGGAAGCUAGGAGGAAAGGUUACAUAUUUUCCCAUAUAGGUCAGACUCGGACAGACGGAGAUGCUCCCCGGAGGAUUAACUCGUCUCGACCCCACUUGAUCUAG